AUACGCAGAGACAGCGGCCCCGGACCGCAGCAUACGGGCGACGGCGUGCUUGUGACGACCACGGCCGAGGUCGAUCGGCAGUCCUACGUGGCUCUCGACGUGCCGCCCUUCCCACCGCCUGCCUAUUCUGGACGUGGCAACAACACAUAA